CUUGCGAUAAAACUUUGUCAAUAAUUGUAUAAAAGCCAAACAUUCAACACACUAAAAGUCAAUAAGUUUUCAACAAGUUAACAAACACUUGAGAAAAUGUACAAGCUCACCUGCCUCGUUAUUAUUGCCGUCUGUGUCUGUCGUAUUUACGCAGACGACCCGCCGAUACCCGGCUACAAGUGCCCCGAGGCUGACGUCAAGAAGGGCUGCGACGCCCCGACUGCCUGUGUCUACCAGAAUGACAAGGACUGCGCCACUUAUAUCCGGUGCACAAGCGGUGGUCUCGCUUACCUGAGACCCUGCUCAACGGGACUCAAGUGGAAUGACCAUGCUAAGAUUUGUGACUGGCCAGAACAGACCACCUGCCACUAAACAGUAGCCCGUAUACGAACAAAUUGUGUACUAGGUCAAAAUGUUUAUUAUGCUGAACAUUCUUAAUUUAAAUUAUAUAUUUUAUGGUACUUUCAGU